GACUACAAUUCUGUUGAUAAAAUAACAAAAUAAAUAUGAAACUCACAAUGUCAACCUCAAUGUGACACUAUAUAUAUACAAACUAUUAAUAAUUUUACAUUUGCAUUUGUACUUUGUACCCUACCUUUCUAAUUCUAACCAAGACUAAUCAAGUCACCUAAGCUAAGCAACAAACAAUAGGCCAAAAAUGAUGAACUCUCUUCACCAUCACAAGAAAUGGGAGAAGCUUAGCGGCCAAAACGAUUGGGAACGUCUCUUAGACCCCCUCGAUAUCGAUCUCCGACGAACCAUCAUCCACUACGGAGAGAAGGCUCAAGCAUGCUACGACACCUUCGAUAGCACGAAAAUAUCGAAAUAUGCCGGUAGUAGUCGUUACUCCAAGAAGAAUUUCUUCUCAAAGGUAGGGCUAGCAAACGGACGGCCUUACAAGUACCGCGUUACUAAGUUCUUGUACGCAACUUCGGGUAUAGCCUUGCCUGAUGCAUUUUUGUUUAAGUCACUUUCGAGGGAGGCUUGGAGUAAGGAGUCUAAUUUUAUAGGGUAUGUAGCCGUGGCGGAGGACGAGUCGGUGGCGAUGUUAGGGAGGAGGGAUAUUGUUAUUGCUUGGAGAGGGACUAUUCAAUCGUUAGAGUGGGUUAAUGACUUGCAAUUUCUUCAAGUUUCGGCUUCGAGUAUACUUGGUAAGGGUGAUGGGAAUGAUGAUCCUAAGGUGCAUGAAGGAUGGUACUCGGUUUAUACUUCGGAAGAUCCUAAAUCGCCAUUUAAUAAGACUAGUGCAAGAUCCCAAGUUCUUCAGGAACUCCAAAAUUUAGUGGAACAAUACAAAGAUGAAGAGAUCAGCAUAACCAUAACCGGUCAUAGUUUAGGUGCAGCCCUAGCUACACUAAACGCGGUUGAUAUAGUUGUUAACCACCUAAACAAACCCAAAGACUUCCCAAUAAAAUCAUACUUAGUAACAGCCAUAAUAUUUGCUAGCCCUAGAGUAGGAGACUCUAAUUUCAAAAAGAUUUUCUCAAAAUAUGACAAACUUAAGCUCUUAAGGGUACGUAACACCUUUGACAUCGUACCAAACUACCCUUUACUAGGGUAUUCCGACGUUGGCCAAGAAUUGGUGAUCGACACGACUAAGUCCCCAUACUUGAAGACGCCCGGUACGUUCACAAAUUGGCAUAAUAUGGAGGCAUAUUUGCACGGAGUUGCUGGAACACAAGGUAGUAAGGUAGCGUUUAAGUUGGUGGUUGAUCGCGAUGUUGCACUUGUAAAUAAGUCGAUGGAUAAUUUGAAGGAUGAGUAUCUUAUACCGGUUGCUUGGUGGAUUUUGAAGAAUAAAGGAAUGGUUCAACAGCCUAAUGGUUCUUGGUUGUUAAUGGAUCAUGAAAUGGAUGAUGAAGAUGAUUAUAUUGACUUUGACCUUUUCAUAUAGUAACAUCAAUUUUAUUCCAAAUAUAUAAAAAGUGUAAUGUUUAAGUUAUGGGUCAGAAGGAGUAUAUUUGGACCUUUUUAGAACUCGUGGACAUUGAGUUUAUAUUAUGUUGUUUAGUGUUUUCCUUUUGGGAGUUUGGUUUCAACAUCUCUUGUUUGGUUCAUUCAACCUUUGACUUUACAAUUUUUUACAUGAAUUUUUUAAAUUUAAGUGUGUAUUUGUAUAUAUAUAUUUUUUUAAUUAAUGAUUGAAAUAUAAUGUCUUUUAUACAA